AUGGAGGGGUGGCUCUGUAUUUUAACCUUCAAUAGGUUAGGGUUCUGUUGCUCACACAAGAGAUACUUCAUCCUCAAAGAAAGUUUUCUUAGAAGCUUCAAAGCCAAGCCUAUGUCCCAGAUGAAGGAGCCAAAUAGAAGUACAAUAAUUGACUCUAACGUUCGGGUUAUUGAUAAUGGAAGAGAAACUAUCAACAAAAAGGUAUUCUUCACCUUCACAAUGCAUAGUGCUUUAAAUCAAAGAGAUCAAGUUAAGUUGGGAGCAAGUAGUUCAGAAGAAGCUGCCAAAUGGAUACAUUCAUUGAAGGAUGCUCAAUUGAAGGAGAAUUCAAAUCUGGAAAUGAAUUUUCUUGUUUCUUCCAAGAAAAAACAUUCAUCAUUGAGAAUGGGAGGCUCAAAAGAGAAAAAGUGGAAACAAUCUAUUGAAUGGAAUUUUCAGUCAUGCAUAUACAAUGAAGCAAUGAUCUCUGAUGUUAUUGCUCCAUCACCAUGGAAGAUUUAUAGUUGCCACAAUGGACUAAGGAUCUUCAAAGAAGCACCAGAUUGGGGUUUCCAUGGAAGAAAUUCGGGAUAUCACCCAGUAAUGAUGGCAGUGAGUGUGAUUGAGGGAACUUCAGAAGACAUUUUCCAAACUCUUAUGUCUCUACGGCCCUCAAGAUCAGAAUGGGACUUCUGUACACACCAAGGUAGUGUGAUAGAUCACAUUGAUGAUCAUACUGAUAUAAUUCAUGUGAAGUUGUACAAUGAUCGGUUACCUAGGGGAAUGAAACCACGAGAUUUUGUGUUGCAAAGAUAUUGGAGAAGAGAGAAUGAUGACACAUAUGUUCUGUCAUUCCAUUCUGUUCAUCACAAGACUUGUCUACCACAAAGAGACUAUGUUCGUGCAUCCCUUCAAAGUGGAGGAUUUCUGAUAACUCCUGCCAAAAAUGGAAAGGCGUCACUUGUGAAACACAUGCUUGCUAUUGAUUGGAAGUUCCGGAAAUGGUAUCCAUGCCCUUCAUCUGCUGCUACACCCCUGACCAUUUCUUUGCUUGAGAGACUUGCAGCACUUAGAGAAUAUUUUAAGGCCAAAGAUGGAAAUAGUUCCUCUGAACCUAUUGCAAUGAAAGUUAAUACUAAGAAUGAAGUUACAAAGGAUAACAAGAGGGUCAUGAAACAUGUAAUGGAAGAUAAAGCAGCGAAAGAUAUUUCUAACUGUACAAGUUUAACGGACAUGAAUGAUUCAGAUGAGUUCUUUGAUGCUUAAGAGCCAAUGUAAUAUGAUGAAUUGGAGAAUGAGCCUUGCUUUGAAAGCAACACUCUCAG